GGAAUCAGCACAGGGCCAAUGGGACAGGGGAAGGGCGGGGCCGGUACUGGGGGUCGAAGCAUGGGAAAGCGCCGGCCCGGGGGUCGAAGCGUGAGACGAAGCAACACAGGAGGAGGAGAAGUGGGAGAAGGAGCUGGAGAAGUGGAAGGAGGAACGGGGGAAAGAGCAGGAGAAGCAGGAGGAGGAGCAGGAGGAGCAGGAGGAGCAGCAGGAGGGGGAGCGGGAGAAGUAGAGGGAGGAGGAACGGGGCGACGAGCAGGAGAAGCAGCGGGAGGAGGGGGAGCAGGAGGAGCGGGAGGAGCAGCAGGAGGGGGAGCGGGGGAAGGAGAGGGAGGAGGAGCGGGAGAAGGAGCAGCAGAAGGAGGAAGGGGGUAGAGCAGGAGGAGCAACAGGAGGAGAAGCAGGAGAAGGAGAGGGAGGAGGAGCGGGAGAAGGAGCAGGAGAA